CUGAUACGUCGAGUUAGAGCAGAAAUAUGUGAGUUUCGAUAAAGGUAACACAUGGAAUUUAAUUGAAGAUUUAAAAUGAGGGAAAUCAUUUUAUUACUGUAUCUUCUAACAGAUCAAAUAGCUUUCUCUGAAGCUACAAUAACGACAACAUGGUAUGAUUGGGGAGCAUGCAUACAAAUUUAUGGAAGUUUAGAUCAAAACUGCAGAGGUACACAGACAAGAACAGGAAUAAAAGAGGACAGUGAAGCUGAUACUUAUACACACAUUUCACAGUCACAAGGCUGUUAUCUUACAUAUGAUAAAAUUGAUGGCGGUUACACAACAUGGAGUGAAUGGGAUGAUUGCUCACAUAAAUGUAACCAAAGAACAAAUAGACGCAGAACAUGUCAUAACCCCACACCAUGCAAUGGUGGUGAAGAUUGUAGUCAGUUUGGAAGAGAUACCCUAACAAAAGAUUGCGUCAAAGACAACUUCACCGGAUAUUAUACCAGUUGUGAAGCACCUGGUAAACGAGCUGUACUUCUUAGUCUUGGUGUUGUCUCUUCAAGUGUACUGAAAUGUGCUACGAUGUGUUCACAAAUCAACAGUUGUGCAGUUUUCAAUUACCAGAACCAAGAUAAAAGAUGUGAACUCCUGUCUGUUGGAACAGACCCUUUGACUGAGGUUCCAAAGUCCGUUGCAGUCGGAUGGCAAUACUACGCCAAAUGUUACGAUGAGAAUGAAGCAUGCUUUGGAUGUUGCUUCUAACUUUACCACGUUUCUCAAUAGGAAGACAGAAACAUUAGUUUUGUUUUCAAGCAUAGUACAUUUUAAAAUACUUGCAUGAUAUAUCACCAUUAAAGAUUACUUAUUCUUAUUAUUGUUUUAAGAAAAGGGGUGAAAAACAGACGUGUUUUCUAA